UGGAAAUUUAACAUCUGCCGGACACUGCUGACCAGGUCAUAUCGCCCCUAUCUCGACACCAGCGGUCAAUGCUGAUUUCGCUCGGACUAUGAAGGUUGUCAUAAUUUGCGCUCUCGUUCCUCUCCUUGCAGCGGCGCCGUUUUACAGGGGCAUGUUCCCCAACGGGUACAAUGUACCCAACCCCUGCGCGAACGACCUCUGGCAGGCAGUGGGUCAUAUGGAUCCUUACCACCAUACCAUGGAGAAAAACCAAUUUGGAAAAGAUUUCGCGGCAGCUGGACACACGUGGACCCAUGCUCUCUGUAUGAAGGAUUCUGACGGAGACGGUAGGACGAACGGAGAGGAGCUGGGUGACCCUGGUUGUAAAUGGAAUGUCGGCGACAAACCCGCUGACGUUGCACGAGGACAGCCCGGAAUCUGUGAGCCCGUCGGAUCGCACGCUUGUCGUGGACAGAACUUCACAUGCGGAACCCAUCAUCGUGUGAAUCUAAAGACUUUGAAUUUAUAAUUCAUAUAAUUUACUUAUUUAUUUGUAUGUAUAUGCUGCAGGCUCUGUUAUUUUCUUACAUGUAUACUGUAUCGAUGGAACAUUUUGUAUGAAUAAAUGUUUGUUUGGAACUUU